GAAUUAUUUAGACACGUCAUUAUUGUAUUUUGACAAGCCAAUGAGCUUGAAUAGUCAAUAACAAUAAUGUUUAAUACUCAUAAACAACACAUUUAGUUGAGCCGCAAGCAUCUUAACUGUAGAAAAUGGUCUAUAUAGACCGAAAUGGGCGCGUGUGGGAGAAACGUCCUUGGGACUUGCAGCGCUUCAAAGACAUAUUUAUUGCAUUGUGGUUCCUAAUUAUUCAGUUCUUUCAGACGCUGAUAGCACCGUUUAAUAAUCCCAACGGCCAAAACCGGGACAAUCGCCGUAGCAAUGGUUGGGGAAAUGGCUGGGGUGGUGGAGGAGGUGGCGGCGGAGGCGGCGGUGGAGGAGGCAGUGGGGGCGGCGGCGGCGGCCCUAGACCUAACAGACGCAUAGGACGUAUACCACAACAAAUGAGCUUGAGUUGUAACGCAGGUGGAUGAUCUUAGUGGUAGUGUCCACGAGCCAUGAUGCCUGGACACAUGAAUUUCAUAUUUUCAAGCCCUAUUUUAUCGCAUAUUUUGCACUUAUGACGCAACACUCAUAAACUCUACCCGAAGUGGAGUGUUGUCGAACAUUUUAUUUGGACUUGGGGAAUAUGGGCGCUACAUCAAAUCAUAGUUGUAUAAUUUAAAUUAAUAAGUUUCCUUUUGGAUUUUUAUUUGUACUACUUUUCAAAUUGUUUAUACAUACCUCGAAUCGGUAUAGUGAAUCUUACGUAUGCCUAAUACUUAUAUACAAAUGUAAGCAACUUUUUUAUUGAACAAAUAUAUAUGUACAUACAUAUGCAAUAUA